AUGACAAAUAAUAAUUUCGUUGAACCUACUGAUUAUGAGGAGAAACAAGAUUUAUACGACCCCGAAGAUUGUGACUUGAUUGUCCUGGACCUCAAUAAUGAAGAAAAGAAUGAUAAAUAUACGUAUCUUAAGAGGAAUGACUAUAAAGAAUAUUCUGGAAACAGUUUUGUAUGGGAAUCUUCAUCCAAGAACGACUUCACAUUUCUAACACUGUUUUACGAUGGUGAUGAGAAAUAUAUAGUAAUUUUCCCAUAUGUAGGAAAUCUAAUACUUUUGCGAAAAUCAGAUAAUGGUUCCUGGAUUAAUUUAAAGACCUGCGUUAAUUUCAAUAAAUUAAAAAUGUUUGACAGACGUGGUCACUAUGUUGUUGCCAAAUUUAUUCAUUAUGAACUUCAAAAAUUUAAUUUAAAAAUGGUAUUCAGUUGCUUUUGUGAAGUGGUUAUUUAUGAAGGUAAUUUGAUUUAUAAGCACUGUGAUAGGCCAUUAAAUGGAUAUCCAUAUUCAUUGUCCUUUAAUUUAUUACAUAACAUUAUCUCAAUUCACCUAAUGGAUGAAUCUAUAAUAACAUAUCAAAAUGUAAAGAAAGAAUUACCUGAUUUAAAAUACUCUCCCCUUAAGCAAAACGAUAAUUUUUAUUACACCUCACACUACACCCCUAAUAAUGAAAUGAUUGAUUAUAAAAUUCAAAAAACGAUUAAAAAAAUACAAUUAGAAGGUUUCAAAUAUAGAGACAUUUGUUUAUUCGAUAUAAAUUUUCAUGAUAGAUCUGUUGAUAUCGAAUCUGAACAUGCUAUAAUUGACGGUAAUUUGAUUAUGUCCACUGAUAAAUAUGUAACAUUUUCUUCACUAGGACAUAGGGGAUUUGAUGCCAGAAAAGGAUUUUACUUUUCAAAAAUGAUAAAUCGUUCACUAAUUCGAGGUUACAUAGAUUAUCCUCCAUAUGUCCGUACUCAAGUAGGCACUCGUAGGUCAUAUAAUUUAUUGCCUGAAAAUCGUGAUCUCGAGUAUAAGCCGAGAUCUAAUCCAGAUUAUUUAAGUUGUAUGAAGCCAGAUAUAACUAAGUUUAAGUUCUACGGCAAUGACGAUAUUGAGAUCAAGUCUGAUGAUACGGAAGUCUGCUAUGACGACUUAUUUUAUGUAAUAAAGUUUAAGACUGAAUUACACAGAGUGGUCUAUGAUGGCAAGGAGUAUUGGAAUUACAACAAUAAUAAGAAUAAUGGAUUCCCUAUCAAAAUAUAUUUCACCGACUACAACAAUGAUAUGAACGUUUGCUUCAAUGAUGGAAAAAUUGAGAAGGUAAAGAUUAAGGUACUAUAUAUCAAAAUGUUCAAGACUGAUGAGUUUGGUAAUAGGGUAAUGAUAACUGACAAAGAGUACAAAGUCUCAAAGAUAGAAAGGGACAAACGACUAUAUAAAUUAAACGAAGGUGUUAAGUGUACAGAGAUAUGGCACUAUGAUGGUGAGUUUGUAUGGAAGCACAAGGAAGGUGACCCUUAUCCAAUUUCAAUUGUUUAUUACUACUAUUUCCGUUCAAUAAGUAUAAGAUUUGAAUCGUAUUUCUUUGUGUCAGUUAGAGGAAUAGGUAACUUGACUUGGGGCUCCUUAAUAUUUCCAAUUCCCAAACAUGUUAAACUAUAUAAACUGGAUAAGAUUGGUAACAAAUUAGAAUUGAACUAUAAAGACUAUGAUUUUGACUGUAACUAUUUCGGAAGUUUUAUUUAUGAUUUGAAGAAAAACGUUGAAUGCGUUGAGCUUAAGUUUCAUGGUGAAACCCUUUGGAAACAUGAACAGUCGCAACCGUAUCCACAUUCAUUCGAUUACUCUGUUUUCGGCGCAUCAAUCACAGUUUACUGUAAAACAUUAAACGUUAAUAUCGAUAGAAAUAACGGUAUUUGGGAUACCGAAAUUGUUGUAAAUAAACCAUACUUAAUGUCGAAUUAA